UUUAAAUAUGAUUAUUUAUAAUUUUGUUUGUAAUAUUGACCGACAUGAACCGGCACAAACCAAUAUGUGCCACGGGUUGAACCAUUCCACUUGCUAAACCGGCACACUGGCAUAAAUCGGUUUGACAACCUUGCUCUACAUUUACUGUUGCAUACACAACCAAGACGAAAAGGUUGAAAUCAGCAGAGAUUCUACGUAUUCAAACUCGAUACCUUGAGAGACGAUAUCAUUGACUUGUUGUGGUACUAAUGCUAGACUCGAAUUUUUGUUGCACUUCGAAUGAGAUGUUGUGUUUCAACUUCAAGUUCGCUCUUCGACUCUUGGGCCUUCAGUCAAGCGGACUGCUCUCUCCGCUUAUGGGCCAUUUUCUUACGUAUCCUGUCGGCCCACUAAGAUUACCGAAAGUUUGCUGGGAAGUGGGAACCAAUCUGCGCCGUUUUUUGGGCCGGGCCCAACGAGGUAGCGGACCACAUACCGUUACCCGCCGAAGUAAUCUCUUGGUCGCCGUAACGACUGAUCCCGCUAAGCUGUGGGAAAAUUUUCAGCGCGCCUUCUCUCUCUCUCUCUCUCUCUCCUCGCCUCCGCCGCUCGGCCGCGCUCUUGCCGCCGGCGAUGACUUCUCCACUUCGCGUCGUCAGUCCGCUCCUCGUGCUCCACCUGAAACCUGUCCUCACUUCACUCCCUCAGCUUUCUCGCUCCUUUCUUUCGCCGCGUAGGCUCUUCGCGCCAAUCAACCCUAGAGCUCUCUUGUGUACCGCAGCCGCGCGUGACCAUGGCGGGAGGUCGGGCGCCCUGACUGGACCUCCGGUGAUGGAGGAGGAAGAAUUGGUGGCCAAAAUCGACGUCAAUCCUCCUAAAGGAACUAGAGAUUUCCCUCCCGAGGAAAUGCGCCUCCGCAACUGGCUCUUCCACAACUUCAAAGAGGUUUCGCGGUUGUAUGGAUUCGAAGAGGUUGAUUUCCCUGUGUUGGAGUCGGAGGCUUUGUUCAUUAGGAAAGCUGGAGAGGAAAUUAGGGACCAGUUAUACUGUUUCGAAGAUCGUGGGAAUCGCCGUGUUGCUUUGAGGCCUGAGCUGACUCCUUCACUGGCAAGACUGGUCAUUCAGAGAGGAAAAUCUGCACCUUUGCCAUUAAAGUGGUUUGCUGUUGGACAGUGUUGGCGGUAUGAGAGGAUGACAAGAGGAAGACGACGUGAGCACUACCAGUGGAAUAUGGAUAUUAUUGGUGUACCUGAAGUUACUGCUGAAGCAGAGCUUAUUUCUUCUAUUGUUACAUUUUUCAAACGAAUUGGAAUCACAGCUUCUGAUGUUGGAUUCAAGGUUUCUAGCCGAAAGGUUUUGCAGGAAUUGUUGAGGCGUUACUCUCUAUCGGAGAAUGCGUUCGGCAAGGUCUGCGUGAUAAUAGACAAGAUUGAGAAGAUGCCAAUAGAAGAAAUUAAGAAAGACUUGACAUCUGUUGGUUUGUCAGAAGAUGUCAUCAAGGAGCUGCUGCAAGUUCUUUCCAUAAAGUCCUUGGCAGAGUUGGAAGAUAUACUUGGUUCAGGGGAAGCGAUUGCCGAUCUAAAAUAUCUCUUCUCUCUGGCUGAGAAGUUUGGUUACUCUGAUUGGAUUCAAUUUGAUGCAUCAGUAGUUCGUGGUCUUGCCUAUUAUACCGGUAUAGUUUUCGAGGGUUUCGACAGAGCAGGAAAGUUGAGAGCCAUUUGUGGUGGCGGGAGAUACGAUCGGUUACUCUCGACCUUCGGCGGAGACGAUCUUCCAGCCUGUGGCUUUGGAUUUGGGGAUGCUGUCAUUGUCGAACUCCUAAAGGAGAAGCAUCUCUUACCAGAACUAAGCCUCCAAGUAGACAACAUAGUGUGCGCUCUUGAUCCAGACCUUCGAGGAGCAGCUGCAACCGUUGCUACAAUUCUCAGAGGGAAAGGCCAAAGCACCGAUCUAGUCCUGGAAAACAAACCCUUGAAAUGGGUCUUCAAACGGGCAGCACGAGCAAAUGCACAGAGGCUUAUACUGGUGGGCACAAAAGAGUGGGAAAAGGGUAUGGUUGGUGUAAAAAUCCUAGCUUCAGGUGAACAAUAUGAGAUUAAGGUUGAUGAACUAGAUUAGUUCUCACAAGUUUGACCAUUAAGGUUCGUGUGUAGCGGUCUGAUAAUUUAUAAUUUGAAUGCAUUCUUGUGACCUAACUAUAGGUGAAAAGUAAAACAUGAUGUUUUUCGUUUCUUGAGCUUCAAUUGUUGUUCUUUCCUUGAGGUUCAAUUUACAUGAAUGGACUUAGGGCCUCUGAUUUGGGCCAGACCCGAUGAGUGAGAGAUGUGAAGUUGAGUACCUAAAGUCCAGCUGAUAAUUUUUUCCCAUUAUUGUACUGUUAAAUCACUCUGUGAUUAAAAUACAAAAAGAUUCAGUAAUCUGCUUUCUUUGAUUUUGUCGAUGGGGAUUGUCCACUCUCCGCCCCAAGGUUACCGUUAUAAUGUUUUUUUCAUUAUCCGCCCCUACCUGCACUUGGUGCGGGACAAGAAUGGCUAUGAGAUACCUGCUCCGUCCCACCCGUUUGCCAUCCAUACGUGUUGGGAAAGCGGCUUCUUGAUUUCAUAAGGCUCACGUCAUUUUUAAAUUCUGCUGAACUUUUAUUGCAAACAAACAAAUUGUAUUGAAUAUUAAUUGAAUGAACCUCUCAUUUUACAUGAUGCACAUCUAACUUCUAACUUUUUGACUUAUAAAAAAUGCUUCUAAGUGUUUUGAGGUCUUAGGUGUGACCUAGUACAAAUAUGCAUUGAAUAUACGAAUUUAUAUGCUAGUUUGGAAUUCACUGAAUCUUACUCACUUACACAACAUCUCUUGUAGAAGUAGAAGAUCCCUUAUUGAUAAAACUGUAAAAUCUAUAUCUCUCUAUAUUUUUCUUUUUAGAGUGGAAAAAAUUCAUAGGUCUUGUUAUCUAUGAAUAUAAAGAUAUUUAGUUUACUCCAACAUCUCAAGUAUAGUUUCUUAAUGAAAAUUUUCAACCAAUACAUGCCUAACACGUUAAUCGUUCUCAGCUUUUAGGUAUCACCUAGGAACUACUAUAUAUUGGACGAUCAUGCUCAUUACAAGCGGGUAUAUGGAAGUCACACCAAUCAUCACACCACACUCAAAGUUAGCUUCUUAGAUGAGACUAUAGCUAGGAAGCAUCCAUGUCAAGCCUUCUAAUAUGCCAUAUAAGGUCAAGUUUUUAUGGAAUUCAUGUUCUACAUAUGAACCUUUUCAUGCUUGCUGCCAAGUUCUGACUUCAUGAAGCUUGACCCUAAAAAAUCAUUUUAAUGUUUUGCUUAACAAAAAUUAAAGGGAAUUGAUUAACACAUGCCAUGAGAUCUACUUGGCUUUUGCCACAUGCAAAGAAUUGGAUUUUGACCAACUUUUUCUUUAUAUCCAUUGUUGUGGUGCUUAUUACUCUCACAAGGUAAAAAGACACUAACUUUCAAUGAGCCCAUCAAUUGUUAUUAUUGUAUCCUUCUUUUGGCCCCCUCACCACAACCUUUCUUUUAACCUUUCCUUGAGGCUGAAGCAUCCUCCUUUGCCAAAGUGAAGAUAGCUAGAUGACCAAUGUUCUCUCAUGUGUGUAUGUGGGGGAACUUUCCUCCACAUGUUGUGAAGUUUUAGCUUCGAUUAUGGCUUUUUGUUAUGUAUGUACUAUCUAAUUUGUCGAGAAUUUGGAGAGUACAAAGAAAUUUUUAUGUGCAAGUACAACUAGGGCAAAUCAAACGGGAACCCAGACAUUGGAAGAAUAAACUUUCUGGUGUUUU